AAAAAACGCCAGAGCUCGCGGGAUCGAGGACUCCUCCGCGUGCCUCGGCCCGGGGACGCACGCGAGUAACACCUCGCGCGGCGGCGGCGCGCAGACGACUCGGAGGAGGAAACUCUCGGCGAAGUCAAGCGGGGGCUCGUUUGCGGGAAAUGAGUGUGACCGGGAAGCAGCAACCCGAGCUGAUCGAGCGACCCGCCAGCCUCUCGGUUCCAACUUCGACCAAAUCUGGAAUUGCCUUGCUGUACAACGAGGAGACCAACAACACCUACGACGUCUGCCUGAAGCUGACCCGGGAGCUGCUGACCAUACAGAAGCUGGACGUGGUCUGCACGAGCGGAGGGGAAUCCCCGGUAAAUCACAGGACGGUUGUACUGCGGAGACAGGCGGCUGGCGGUCUGGGCCUGAGCAUCAAAGGAGGUGCGGAGCACAACGUGCCCGUCGUCAUUUCCAAGAUCUUCAAAGAUCAAGUAGCGGACCGGACGGGGAAGCUGUUCGUCGGCGACGCCGUGCUGCAGGUGAACGGCAUCAAUGUGGAGCCCUGCACACACGAGGAAGUUGUUCACCUCCUGCGCACCGCCGGAGAUGAGGUCACCAUCACCGUCCGCUACCUGCGAGAAGUUCCAUCGUUCCUCAAACUGCCCCUAGGGUCCCCGGGGCCGUCCGCCGAUCACAGCCGGGUGUCCUCGCCGCUCUUUGACAGCGGCCUACAUCUCAAUGGAAACGGAAACAACACAGCCCCAUCGCCCCCUCCGCCCUCGGCCGAUAAGCCGCGGUACGAGAAGCGCUGGCUGGACGCCGUCCCGCUGCCCUUGUUGAUGGCCAGAGUCUCCAGAUGCAGAGCCGGCACAGAUCAAUUAAGGUCCAACUGUUUCGAAGUCUACGCUUUGGACGGCGCCGGCACCAACAUUCUUCAAUUUUGCACCGCGGCAGAAAGCACCGACUGGCUCCAGGCAAUAUCUACCAACAUCAACCAGUUGACACAGGAGAAGAUAAACAUGAUGAACAAAUCCUGCUCAUCAGAGGAUCAGACCGUUCACAUGGGCUGGACAUGCGGGAGCCCCGAGGGCGGCGCCGCGGGAAGGUCUUCAGCCUUCAAGUUCCUGGCUCUGAGAGGACCACUUUUUUACAUCUUCAGAAGCCCCCCGAUCAGUGCGGCUGACUGGGGACACGCCGAGACAACGUAUAACCUCUACGAGGUCCUUUUCAAGGUCCACAAGCUGUGGAUGGCGGAGGAUUGCUGGCUGCAGGCGCGGCUCUACUUGGGCCUGGAGCAUUCGCCGGAGCAGCAGGACAACGAGUCGCUGUGCUUCAGCAUCCUGGUGGGCCACGGCCAGAGCCACACCUUCCGGGUGGAGCUGGCCUCGGACCUGGCCACCUGGGAGAAGUCCUUCCAGAGAGCGGCCUUCUGGGAGGUGCAGCGAAUACGGUCCAAGAGCUACAUGUGCAGCAGCCAGGGGAACGUGCUGAGCUUCACCGUCGACUUUGGAUCGGGCUUCACCUGCUCGGAAGCCUCCUCAAAGACCCCACUGUGGCGAUACAAGUUCUCUCAGCUCAAAGGCUCCUCUGAUGACGGGAAAACCAGGGUGAAGCUCCUCUUCAAGAAUGCCGAAAGCAACCAAAUAGAGAUGAAGGAGCUGGAGUUUGCUAAUCUCACAGCCGUCCUUCACUGCAUACAUUCUUUCAUUGCCGCCAAAGUGGCCUCCGUGGACCCCCUCUUUGUGCACAGCCACAGCCUCUCUGGACAUCACGCGAACACUUGAGAGGACGCGUCCUCCUCGUCAUGUGCACCUGUUGCAUAUCGCCGGUAUUUUAUUUCCUGCACAGAGGCCAGCUGCCAGGGACAGCCCGUUCUUGCUAUUUUUGUACGGACUACCGAAUAAUAAAACAUAUUUGUAAA